CCCCUCCUCUUACCCCCUCCCGGGCUGCAGCCCCCGGCCCGCCCCGCCCCCUUUCCUGGGGGGUACCCCACUCGGGUGGAGCGGGGUGGUGGUGGGCUUUGUUGUCAGUGGGUGUUUCCCGGGGAAACCCCAUCCCCGUACUCCCGGGUCUUUGCCGGGGCGCAGGGGGCACCCCCGUGUCCGCGUGUGCGGACCCCCGGCGCUGAAGUCCCCGAGCUUCGGGGGUCCUGGGCGCCGCGUCGUGUGAGGCAGUGCCGCUGCGCGCGGUGUACCCGGAAUCCGCGCUGGUGGUGUUCUGGGUAGUUACCCACUUGCGGCUGUUCCUGUCCCCCAGCCGGGGGUUUACCGCCCAGCCAGUCCUGUGUACCCAGCGGGGUUGUGAGCCCCCCACCUCCCGGUGGACGCGCUCUUUGUUUUUCUCCGGCCCCAUAUGGGUAUGCCCCCCUCCCCCAGGUUCGCAGAUUUCUUUCUAACCCGAGUGUUGAUGCAGAAACCCAGGUGGUCCACUCUGGCUGCUGGGGUUUCAUUUCUCCUCCUUCGUGUGCCCGUCCGAGUGGCCCCAGGCAGGCUGUUACCCCUUCGGUGCCUCGGUUUCCCCAUCUGUAAAAUGAAAUAACAGCGGCCUUCUCUUUGAGGGGCUGGGGUCAGUGACCCUGCACUUGGAGGUGCCCAGCAAAGCGGAGUGUCCAUUCUUUAAUAAUUAUCUUAAAUAGUUUAUUAUUGUAGGUGUUUUAUUAUUUUAAAAUAAUUUUCUCAUUUUGGUAUUUUGUGAUUGCUUUAUUAUUAUUAUAUUUGUUAUUACUUUAUUGUUAUUAUUACCCAGAAGCUGUACUGGUCUCUACAGAUGUGGUUAUCUACCCUCUUUUAAGGGGCCUUAACCACUCAAAGUGGGUAUUUACCUGCCAGGUGGGUCCCUCCAACCUGCCCCCAUCCCCCCUCACCUCCAUGCCCUGGGGGGGGGGGAGGGGAGUUGCUGCUCCUCCUGUGUGCCCCCCCCCAGCCUGAGUCACCUCCGCUCUGAGCCCUCCUUGGUUUCCUGCUAGAGAAAGUAGGUUCCUCUUUGGCCUGUUCCUGGGGGAGGGGCAGGUGCCAGAGAGGGGGUGUGUUUGUCUAGGGGAGUGGGUGUCAAAGGCCCCAUCUCAAAACCCGCAGGGAGAAUUGGGGGAGGCAAAGGAACCUGUCCUCCCCAAACUCAACCUGACUUAGCAGCUGUUUCCACUGUCGGGCCUGUCCGCCUCUGUUGGACGCUGGCCCCUGCCAUGGUGCAGACAUUUCCCAAGGCCUGCUGGGCCCAGGAAGCCUCAGGUGCCCCGUCUGGGCGGUCAGUUUCCCCAUCUGUAAAGUGGUCUCUUUGGGUGGCUGGGGAAGCAGAUGAACUGGCCCUCGGGUGAGUGUGUAAACAGAAGUUCGGGUAUUCAUUCAACAAACAGCUAUUGAGCACCUGCCGUGGGCCAGGUGCUGGGGACACAGGAGCGGCCGAGAGGGACCCUGUCCUUAUCGUGCGGGUUAGUGAAGGAGGUGAGAAUCAGGAGUAAACAAGUAUGAGGACCAGCUGGUUUCUGAUGCCAACCGGUGAAGCCGGAAACGGGGCUGACUGGGCUAGUUGCGGGGUGGGGCAGUUUCUCCCAGGAGGUAACUUUUGAGCUGGGACCAGAAGGAGCCAGAGAAAGGGUUCUUCAGGCAGGAGGCUGAGCACAUGCAAAGGCCCUGAGGCGGGCUGUUCCAGAUCAGUUUGCGAUGCAGUAAAAGGGCCCUGUGCCUGGAGCAGGGGCCAUGAGGCAGAGAGAGGUGGGUGUUGAUGUUCUGAUGUGGAUGUAUUUUAUAUAAAGUUUAUGCUGUCCUCCACACCUCCUCCCCAGCGUUCAUUACAAAUCUGCUGCCCCCUCCGCCUGCCCUCUCUGUGGCUCCAGUCUGCCCCAGGCUCCUCCUGGAAUCUGCUGGAAUCCGAGAGGGUAGUGAGGCCCCAGGAGGCCUGUGGGACCAGGCACCAGACCUGCAAUGCCAGGCCAGGGAGAGGCUGGGCCUUGUCCUGAGGGUGCUGAGGAGCCACAGGUGAUGGUGGAGCAGGUCUGGGAGCAGCUGGAUCUUAGUCCAGUGGGCUGUGGUCUGAGGGGUCCAGCGGGACCUGAGUUUGAGCCCCUCUGACCACUGUGGCCCCAGAGGGAAGCGGGAGGCUGGAUGGUUCAGGGGAGUGGUCCUGUUCAGACCAGGUUCGAAUCCUGGUUCCACCCCGGGUCCCGAGGUGACAGGGAGCCCCAUUUCUUGGAGCCCCACGUCCUGAGGGCCCGAGCUCUCUCACUGAGUCCCACCCUGCUCUGAGGUUCCCCGACAGCUCCCCCCCGGCUGUGGUCCUGUUAUCUGCCCUGCCAGGCCACUGUCCUGGCCUCCGUCCAGCUGCGGGGGGGAGACACAGGCCCUGGAGCUACAGCGAGGCCACGGCUGAAUCUGGAGCUUGGGGUGGGGGUGCCUGGGCCUCAGGAAGGUUGCAUCCAGCCUCAGAGCUGUGGGCUCUGUGCUGACUUGAGUUGCCCUGCCCUGUCCCAGCUGCCCCCUUUGCAGCUGUGGGGUCUCGGGGUAAUGACUUUGCUCUUCGGUUUGCAAAUCUGUAUAACAGGCAUCAGAACAAUAGUACUUGCCUCCUGGGGUGAUGGUGAAGGCGAUCGCUUAACCAGGCUAUGAUCAAUGGUGUGGUCCAGGGGGUGAGCUCCCAGUCACAGGAGGAAACCAAACAGGUGGCAGCUUGGGGAAAGGUAUGUGUCCUGGUUCCUCUUGGCUCUGAGUGCCCCCUCCCAGACCAGCAGGGGCCAUUGUUAUCCCCACUUUGCAGAGAAAGAGCUGAGGCUCCAGGUCACACAGUGAAGUGGCCGUCGUAGCUGGGAUUCAAACUCAGGGCUGAGCUUCCAGGCUCUACCCCUGCCUGCGUGUCUCCUAGUCUCCUAUUUUUUUUUUUUUUUUUUUUUUUUGCUGCACUACGCGGCUUGUGGGAUCUUCUUUGAACCCUGGCCCCGGCAGUGAAAACGCCAAAUUCUAACCACUGGUUGUGUGUCUCCUAUUGAUGGGUACUUGUGCCUGCAUGAGUUUACCCAUCAGAUAAUUUUUCAUAGAUUUUUGCCUGAAGUGCCAUCCAUGGAGCCUGCCCCACUCCGACCUCAGACAGGGCUGAGGCUCAUCAGCCUAUUUGCUUCGUGAUCAAGAUGUAACAGCCUUUCUGGCCGGGGCAAAAAACUUAAGGCUGGGGACUCUUUACAUAUGUAUAGACUUUGGCCCCUUCCGGGCUGCCUGCCCGCUCUAGCUGGCUCCCAGGUGAAGAGGCUCUCGGCCUCCAAGCGGAAGCAACACUUCAUCAAUCAGGCUGUGCGGAACUCAGACCUCGUGCCCAAGGCCAAGGGGCGGAAGAGCCUCCAGCGCCUGGAGAACACCCAGUACCUCCUGACCUUGCUGGAGACAGACGGAGGCACACCUGGCCUGGAGGAUGGGGACCUGGCGCCCCCUGCAGCACCCAGCAUCUUUGCAGAGGCCUGCAGCAACGAGACCUAUGUCGAGGUCUGGAACGACUUCAUGAACCGCUCUGGGGAGGAGCAGGAGCGGGUUCUCCGCUACCUGGAGAAUGAGGGCAAGAGCAAGGCGCGCAGGAGGGGGCCUGCCCGCGGGGAAGACCGGCGGAGAGAGGACCCGGCCUACACGCCCCGCGAGUGCUUCCAGCGUAUCAGCCGGCGUCUACGAGCCGUUCUCAAGCGGAGCCGUAUUCCCAUGGAAACGCUGGAGACCUGGGAGGAGCGGCUGCUGAGGUUCUUCUCUGUGUCCCCCCAGGCCGUGUACACAGCCAUGCUGGACAACAGCUUUGAGAGGCUCCUGCUUCACGCCAUCUGCCAGUACAUGGACCUCAUCUCAGCCAGUGGUGACCUGGAGGGCAAGCGGCAGAUGAAGGUCAGCAAUCGGCACCUGGACUUCCUGCCGCCGGGGCUGCUCCUGUCCGCGUACCUGGAGCAGCGUAGCUGAUGGCGGCCCUGCCCCCGGCCCCGCCUCCCCAGUGCCAAGACCUCCCGUACCGUCGCUAAAAUAUCUUUAUUAUUUUUAGAAUUUUCCUUUGGAAACGUGCUCUCCCCCUUGGGGUGGCUCCCGCACCCCACCCCUUCCCCGCCCGCUUUCCGGGUUAAAGCUGGCGGCUGGGCUGCCCCGCACGAGCACAAUCCGCUCUACUCCCGCCCCGGGGCUUAGACUCGGGAGGAGACACCCGGCCUGGUCACUUCCCUGUCCCUUCCUGGGUCAGCGUUUUUGGCCCCGUGUGAAGCUUAAGCAAGGAGGGAGAGGCUGGGUUUUUAUCAUUUUUAAUGAAUUUGGCGUGAUUUGUUGUAGAUUUUUAAAUUUCCCUUUUGAGAAAAAAAACCAGAAACUCGCCCCAAGUGAUAAAUUAGGGGGCUUCAUUCCAGUCCCUGCUUGACCCUCUCCCAGUUUUGGCUUGGGUGGAGGGUCCCCUUGCCCUGGGAGCAUUACGUUUUGUGUGUGUGUGCGCGUGCGCGUGUGCAUGUGUGUGCCCCGCAACCCAGGAUGGAAGCUGCGUCUUAAAGGCUGGUGUCACCCUCUUUUUGGAAUGUGUGUUGCCCUCCCCGCUCCCCUUUGGUGGCUGUUAGGGCCCCGUCUGCUCUACACACCCCGCUCCCUUCAUACUGAGGAUCUGGGACUUCCAGCCAGAAGCCUCCACCCUCAGACUGUCCUGUUCCUCUCUCCAUGUCCCCUUGCCCCUGCCCCCAGCCUGGCUCUGGGGUGUCCUCUUGCUGGUCACCCCGGCCUGGCACAGGAAGCAGGGCUGGAGGCUGCACCCCUGCCCUGCACCCCCGUGUGUGUGGCUCGUUGUGCUUUGGGAAAAGUGGAGCGUUCAAUAAAUUUCUGGUGCUCUGGUC